AUGCGGUACCACAACACAUUGAACCAGGGCAAGCUGGUUGUCAGCGAGGAAGACUCGCGGAGACACAGGCUUCGCAGCGUUGUUCUUCGAGAUGAGGUCGCUUCUCUGAAGGACCAACUGAACAACAAAGAGGACAAAAUCUCGCAGUUGUUUGCGCAAUACGAUGGCAUUCGAAGCCAGCUCGACAACACACUCGAGAAGUGCCGUGAACAAGAGAAGCAAAUCCGCACCUACGUCCGCGAGCAGUCAAAUCUCAAGGUACAUCCACAAUUCCUGGCUCGUGAUCAGGGUAUCACUGCGACUAACAAGGCUUUGCAGGCUGAAAUGCAGUCGCUCAUGGGCGCGUCAACAGACUCCACGAAGCUCCUAUCCGAAAAACUCGCCCUGACGCGAGAACUCGGCCUUCUGAAGCCCGAGGUUGAGCAUCUCCGCUCCCAAUUGGCCCACCAGAAGGACGUCCUGAGCCAAAAGCUGGCACUGGAGCGCCAACUCGAUGCUCUUGAGGUCGAGCUUGCCAACGAGAAGCGUGCCGCAGAGAAAGCCACACAAAAACAAGCAAAUGACGACAAUGAGGUUGAAGAUGAACUGAGGAAACAAAUCCAAGAGCUGGAGAAGCAGCUGGCUGCCGAGAAACGUGAGACGGAGAAAGCAAAGAAGAACGUCAAGGGCAAGAAGGGCGCGAACGACGAUGAGCUCAAGCGGAGAAUACAGGAACUCGAGGAAGAGCUGGAAUCCGAGCGGGCUGCGCCCAAGUCCACUGGUCCUGUCAGCAAGGGCAAUGACGCGCAAAUCGAAGAACUCCGCCAACAACUCCAAACGGCCGAAGCUGGCCUGGCCAAAGAGAAGAAGGCGAAGCUUGAGCUGCAAAAGUCACUCGAGGCUCGUGCUGCUGAGGCUCAACAAGAACGGGAUACCCUGCAGCAGAAGUUUGAGACGAUGAAGCUGAAGCUCCGCGAGACCCGAGAGGAUCUCAAGGCCGCCCGUGCUGACGCAAAGAAGGGCAAAGCUGCAACGUCUGUUCCCGUCUUUGACAGUCCUGUUAAGGUCCCGACCGCAAAGCCACAGGUCAGGCGGAAGCGCGGCGCCAACGAGAUUAGUGAUGACAAGCUCGUCAUGCACACGCCUAACAACACGGACGGGCGGACGAAGCGUCCUCUUAAGAAGCGGGCCUUCGAGCCGACUCUGGUAGGGGAGAAGUCUACCUUUUCCAUCACGCCCUUCCUCAACAAGACCAUCAACUUCACCGAGGCUUCUCUCGACCUCAGCACGGGUAAGCGACAGGCAGCUGAGGAGACCCACGCUGUCACCGAGACGAUCGCUGAGGAGGUCGACUCGAGCACAUCGAUCGCACAGGCCGAGGUCACAGAGACAACCACUGCUCCAGUGGCGGUCGCCAAGCCUGCACCCAAGGCACGUGGACGCCCACCCAAGGCCAAGGUUCUUGGUGAGGCGUCGCUCUCCAAGAGGAAUAUGCCAGUCUCCAACAGCCGCAAGACGGCGCUUAGCGAGCCCACGCUAGAGAAGGUCCUGGAAGACAAGAACGAGGCUGCUGGUGCCGAGCAGGAGAACAGGCCGCCUGUCGGCGCCAAGUCUGCUGGCAAGGGCCUCAAGUUGAAGCUCACUACCACUGCUCCCGAGACCACGCGCCACAGCGGUGUCAGCAACACAUCGGCCAGCACCCUGUCAGAACCCGAGCCCAAGAAGAAGAAGCGCAAGCUGCUCGGGGCCGCGAACAAGACGCUUUUUGACGAGGAGGACGGUGAAGCUGCGCCUGCUCCUGCUCCCACGAAGCGCAAGGUGCUUGGCGGCGGCGCGAGGGCACUGGGCAAGGCGCCCAUGAUGGGCCGGGGUGCGUUUGCUGCGGGCGGCACGUUCUCGCCGCUGAAGAAGGAGAGGAGAGGUGUCAAUGCGAGCUUCCUAGCUUGA